GUCUCAUUCCGUAUCCGUGUAGCUGGGAUCAAAAAAAGAUUAUGUGUACAUGCCGUAUACAGGUACCGUAAUAAGAACAAACAAAAAGACUGAGGGGCAGUCCUCAGUCUUCACUCUUCCAUCUCCAAUCUCCAAUCUUCAACCUGCAAUCAUCUAUCAUCCAUCUACCUUUCAACAGAUAGCCACUCACAUAUGGCCAAAAUGGGCUCGGAAAAGUCGCAGAAACCAGUCAAAAUUCCUGAUGACUUAAAGGAAAGGUUGUCUAUCGACCAUUUCGAUUUGAACGCUUUUCUGCGAGGAGCACAAUUGACUAUUGUGGGAGGUUAGUUUGGAGCAAAACUACAAUAUCAUUAUCAAUAUCCAUAUGUUGAACCGUUGAUGUACAAUACUAUACUGUACCGACUUGACUAACUGCUUCACUAGCUCUGAGGGCUCUGCAGAAUCCCCAAUUGUUUACUUCCGAACACUACAAGCAGGUGGCUCUCGCCGUCUUAGCAGGUGUCAUAAUUCGACUAGCUAUAGAGAUCCCCGUACGCUUUCUCGUCAUCCUGUACUUCUGCUCUUUAUGCUCGCUAACAUGUGGCAGAUUUUUGGAGUGAGAGUCUUUCUAUGGUUUACGUCGUUUGUUGUAGACCUGGGGGCUUCCUCGUUUGAUGAGAAGGUGAUUGAGGGUAUAGAUCUUAUUCAAAAUCAUGUUCUACAGGUUCCUUUCUUUCUCAUGAGCAUAUUGAGUCGCGUCACUCCAACUCUUGACAAUAUGUGAGUAUUUCUCCAUGAACAUUGAACGCAUAACUUAUUACUGGAAAUGGUUCUUUACUAACACUUACAGGUUCAUGAUGAGCCUUGCUUUCGUUGACGAAACCUAUUACGCGAAACACAAAGGAGAAGAUCGUUCCACAUUACGAGAUGAAUAUUAUCCAAACCUGCGACAAUAUCCCAAGAGAGAUGGUUCUACACACAAAACAAGCACAGCGGAGAACUCUUCCAUGUUUUUAAUGAAGUUUGGCAAGAAGGCGGGACUCUCUUUGGCAGUUUAUGCUCUAUCUUAUGUUCCGAUACUUGGACGUUUCGUGCUCCCGGCUGCCAGUUUUUACACGUUCAAUAAGUACGAAUCCUGAUGGAAGCACCGGACCUAUCUUACUAACAGUCAAUAGAGCCGCGGGUCUUGGUCCUGGCCUUGUAGUGUUUGGCACUGGUAUCUUUUUGCCUCGCAAAUAUCUAGUAAUAUUUUUACAAACCUACUUCUCGUCACGCAGUUUGAUGCGUGAAUUGGUGCGUUUUAAUUUUGACCACUUAGAAUCAUUGCUGACUGGUACAGCUUGAGCCAUACUUCGCUCGUAUCGAUUUUACUAAAGAGCAAAAGAAAAAUUGGUUUCAUGAUCGAGAGGGGCUUUUGUUUGGAUUUGGUGUCGGGUUCUACAUACUGCUCCGUAUCCCUCUCCUUGGUGUACUUGUCUAUGGCAUUGCAGAAGCAUCAACGGCAUAUCUUAUUACCAAAAUUACCGACCCACCUCCACCUGUUGGACAAGAGGGUAAUUUUGCUGCUAGCCAACAAAAAUGGAAGAACAAGCAUGAAUUCUUGAACCUCAAACUCGACCAACUCGAUACUCUGAAUACGUCUAGUGGUAAGGGGUUCUCAAAGGGUGAUUCAAGCAAAAAAGCUUCUUCAUCAGCCACAGAAGCACCUCCACCAUAUAGCGAACUGAGAUCAAGGUAGAUGGAUGAUCAGGAUGGCGAGCACAGGGCAGGUGGUCAGUUGAUAGUACGGGAUAGCACUAACAAUGGGACGAAAAAUAUGUUUACCAUUUCCUCUAGUGCCAAAAGAUAGACAUAGGCUCUAAAAUACCCAUAUACCAUUGUAUAUAGUGUCAGCUUAUUGGUCAAUAAAUCCGGUAAUCCAAGCUCUACUUC